UACACACUAACGAAAAACCAUAUUCUUGUGAGCAUUGCAAAAAGACAUUUUCUCAGGGUUCUAGUUUGAAAAUACAUUUGAGGAUACACACUAAUGAAAAACCUUAUUCUUGUGUGUAUUGUAAAAAGGCAUUUUCUCAGAUCGGAAAUUUAAAAACGCAUUUGAGGAUACACACUAAUGAAAAACCCUAUUCUUGUGAGCAUUGUAAAAAGCCAUUUACUGAUAUUUCAGCUUUGAAAACACAUUUGAGGACUCACACAAAGGAACAACCCUAUUCUUGUGAGCAUUGUAGUAAGAAAUUUUCUGUUAGUUCAAGUUUAAAAAUACAUUUGAGGAUGCACAGUAAUGAAAAACCAUAUUCUUGUGAUUAUUGUAAAAAGAAAUUUUCUCAGUUAGGUCACUUGAAAACACAUUUGAGGGUACACACUAGGGAAAAACCAUAUUCUUGUGAACAUUGCAAAAAGGCAUUUUCUGUUAAUUCAAGCUUGAAAUUACAUUUGAGGACACACACUAACGAAAAACCAUAUUCUUGUGAGUAUUGUCAGAAGACAUUUUCCUUUAGUUCAAAUUUGAAAACACAUUUAAGGACACACACAAAUGAAAAACCAUAUACUUGUGAGUAUUGUAAAAAGGCAUUUUCUAAUACUUCAAGUUUGAAAUCACAUUUGAGGAUACACACUAAUGAAAAACCGUAUUCUUGUGAAUAUUGUAAAAAGACAUUUUCUCAUAGUUUUUCUUUCAAAAAGCAUUUGAUGAUGCAUACUAAUGAAAAACCAUAUUCUUGUUAUCAUUGUAAAAAGGCAUUUUCUGUUAGUUCGGUUUUGAAAGUACAUAUGAGGAUACACACUAAUGAAAAACCAUAUUCCUGUGAAUAUUGUAAAAAGACAUUUUCUUUUAAUUCAAAUUUGAAAUCUCAUUUGAGGACACACACUAAUGAGAAACCAUAUUCAUGUAAUCAGUGUAAUAAGACAUUCUCUCAGAGUUCCAGUUUAAAAUCACAUUUGAGGGUGCACACUAAUGAAAAACCAUAUUCUUGUGAGUAUUGUAAAAAGGCAUUUUCUGUUAGAACAAGUUUGAAAAAACAUUUGAGGAUACAUACUAAUGAAAAACCAUAUUCUUGUCAGUAUUGUAAAAUGGCAUUUUCUGAAAGUUCUACUUUGAAAAAGCAUUUGAGGACACACACAAAUGAAAAACCAUAUUCCUGUGAGUAUUGUAAAAAGACAUUUUCUCAGGUGGCAAAUAUGAAAAUGCAUUUGAGGAUACACACUAAUGAGAAACCAUAUUCUUGUGGUCAGUGUAACAAGACAUUCUCUCAGAGUUCACAUUUAAAAAUUCAUUUGAGGACUCACACAAAGGAAAAACCAUAUUCUUGUGAGUAUUGUAAAACAACAUUUGCUCAUAGUUCAAGUUUGAAAAAACAUUUGAGGAUUCAUACUGAAGAAGAACCAUACUCUUCUCAUUAGUGCUGGACGAUGUUGCAGAUUUGAACAUUGCGAUACAUCGGCAGUGAAAUAUUGCGAUAUUCCACUACAUUGCAAUGUUUUGGUAUAUUUUCUUUUACUUAAAUCAGGUGUGUCCUUGGCAGGUGAGGGAAAGGUCAUUGUUCAUGCUGCUCCAAUGAACUUUUUUAGAGGUGUUUCUUUUUUUUUUAUUCUUAGUAGUUUCGGUUGGGGGAGGGGGGGAACCCUCCUGAAUAAAUAUAAAUUCAAGAUAUUAUCACUGAAAAUCAUUUCUCUAACACCAGUAUUCUCUAACACCAGAAUUUAUUUC